AUGAUAAUAGGGAUCACAGCAUGCAGCGCAGUGUACCGUACCGUACUGUUUUCCAUGGUUCGGGCUGCCGCCGGUAAAGCUCACUGACAGAGCUCGGAAGGUCCAAAUCAUCAUCUUUCUUUCUGUUUUACUUCGGAUAGUUAUCUUCGCUCCAAGUGUUUCAUGUCAAUAAAGCAAAGAUGGCUCAUGAUCGUAAUGCUUUCAUGCGUAGCUGCAGAAUAGGUGAUUUACAAAGAGUCUCAUACCUUUUGGAGGUAAAAGAAGUAGAUCCUAAUCUGAAGGAUGAAUGGGACAGUACUCCAUUAUACUAUGCUUGCCUGUGUGGCCACAAAGAUAUAGUCACUUAUUUGCUAGAAAAUGGAGCUAAAUGUGAAGCCAAAACAUUUGACGGUGAACGUUGUCUAUAUGGCGCCCUCAGUGAUGAGAUUCGGGACAUACUGAAAUCAUACAAAGCUGUGGUCACAGGUCAUGCAAGAAGGAAUUUCUUUCAGGAUUUCAUGAGAAGAUUACUUGAGAACAGCUGCUACAGUGAUAUUAAGUUUGACAUACACAACGAGACGUUUGAUGCCCAUCGCUGUAUCCUCCUAGCCCGCAGUGAUUACUUUGCAGAGAUGCUGGAGACAAGAUGGAAGAAUAAAAGUACCAUUCACAUCAAGUCAAGCUUGGUGAGACCUCAAGCCUUUAAAGGAGUACUGGAAUAUAUCUACACAGGAUACUUGAAGGUAAACAUUGGUGUAGUUGACGAUUGUCUGAGGUUUGCCAAACAAUGCGGCAUGACAUCACUCAUUGAGAAAAUCAACCUCAGAUUAAAAGAGAUAGAAAACUUUGUUCCAAACAAACCUGGUACCCAUAUUAACAUUGUGAGUGUUGAACCUUCACCUCAUGAUAUUACGGUACAAGAUGAUCUUUACCAGCUGGCUCAGAUGGCAUUCCCUGUUGAGAAGAGGGAUCCUCUUGCACAAGGAGUGUUUCCUUUCUGUGGAGGUUUAUCACCUGUUCCUCCAUACACUGAUGUUUGCUUUGAAGUAGAAGGAGACAAAUUCUUUUGCCAUAAAAUGUUUUUCACAGAGAGGAGUGACUACUUCAAAGCUUUGUUUGCUGAUCAUUUUAGCGAGGUAUCGCUAGAUGAAAACUCUAUUCCUGUCAUCAAACUCAGUGAGAUAUCAUCAGAAGUCUUCAUGCAAGUCAUCAACUAUCUCUACUCACACAGUGUCAAUCUAACUGAAGAUCUAUGUUAUGAGAUACUAGUGGUUGCUGACCUUUACCUGUUGCCAGGCCUUAAAACGUUCUGUGCCAAUAAGAUUGCAUCUCAACUGACAGAGGAGAAUGUCUUUCAAGUUAUAAGGGUUUCUAGGAUGUUUAAUCUAGUCAAGCUAGAGGAUCAGUGUGUAGAGUUCAUCAGUAGAAUAUUUGAUGAGAUAUCUGACUAUACAGAGUUUAUUGAGCUCGUCAAAGAGGAUGCUGCUUGCAUUGAGAAUCGUGAGGAGAUUGACAGCAUUCCCAUCAUAGAUGAUCUUCGCUUCCACCUUACCAAUAAUCUUCAGACUUACAGCGAACUUCAAGAGGCCCAGAUGAAGCUUAGUUGUUUAGAUCAUAUUCUUCAAGAACUGGGGCUAGAGGAAUUUUGACUUCUAAAAUGGUAUUUGGUGAGUGAGUCUCAUGACCAUACACAAUGUAUGGUAUGGACAGUCAUAACAAAAAACCCAGUGUUUUACUUAAUCAGAUGUCUUAUUUUUUAUCUAUGAAUGUUUCAUGUGGGCAAUUUGAAAACUGAACAGAGGAUUGGAAUCACUAAAAGCUUAUUUUUGUAGAUGAUAUCAGUAAUAUAUUUCAUUGAUAUGACAUCUAUAAUUAUUGAUAAUUGAAAUAUUUAUUGCACUUUUAACGAAUAUAUUUUUUGAAAAUAUAAUACCAUUAUAGUGCUAAUGUGAUGACCCAAAGGGAUUUAGUAAUUUCAAAAAUAUAUGAGCCAUAUUGCAUUGAAUGUUAUGUGGACGUUGGUAAUGAUGAUGUUGAUGAUGAUGAUUGUGAUAACAAUAAUAGUAGUGGUAAUAAUGCAAAUAAUAUUACCCAUCAUUUUAUAUAUAGGGUACCACAUGUUCUUCUGACUGCAGUGUUAUAUUUUCUCAGUUUCAUAAUUGGUGGUUGUAUUUAUUCAUUAGAAUAUUGAUAUCACUUCAAGUCUUUAUUUUCCUGCAUUUUUUUUUUUUUUUUAAAUAUCAUUAUAAAACACUAACAUCAACACGUCAUGUAUUUUUUUAAAUCAAACCUCCGCAAGUUACCACAUUAUUUUAUUACAAUGCUGUAACAGAUUCACUAUGGAAGUAUCCAUCAAUUGGAAAGAUGUGAUUAUUCAUCUUAUUUCAGCCUGUUCGCAACAUCUUUCAAUACAGUCUAAAGUACUCUGUUUUUCUAAAAUGUAAAUUUUUGUGUUUCUUGGUGACAUGCUCAAAACACAGUUCACAUUUCCAUUGUGAAACUGAAGUAUUGUGAACAUUUUCAACGACAAACAAGUUUAAUCCAGAGUUUUCUGUGAAAUGACUUUUAUAAGAUAUGUUUGGCACUUAUGCCCCUGAGCAAGGCAUAUAUGUACAUUGCCUUUGCUUUUCUUUCAGAUGGUUAUGCAUAUAUAUGUUCAAAUUUGCUUGGGGAAGAGCGGUAUUAACAUCCCACUACUACAUGGAACAAAUUUAUAUGCCAUAAAAUUACAUCAGAUUAUUAAUUUUCAUGACGCUCCUGAUUUUUACUUUCCUUUGAUGUUGCUGACUCAAUUAUUUCCUUCCAUUUCUCUUAGCAGAAUAGUUUUAGAAGAUCAAGAUCAUUUCUUUUUAUGCCCCCGCAGACGAAGUCCAGAGGGGGCAUUAAGUGUUGCCCCUGUCCGUCCGUCCGUCCCCCCACUUGGUUUCCGCGCAAUAACUCGAAAAAUAUUUCAUGGAUUUUAACAAUUUUUGGUGUGUAGGUAGAUGACACCAAAAUACAGGCUAAGUUUGAAUUCGGAGUCCGCAGGUCAAAGGUCACAGCUCAUUAAAUACGCGAGUUGGUUUCCACAUGAUAACUUAUGAAAUAUUCAACGGAUUUAAAAUAGUUUUAGUGUGUAGGUAGAUGACACCAAAAUACAGGCUAAGUUCGAAUUCGGAGUCCGCAGGUCAAAGGUCACAGCUCAUUAUAUAUGCCAGUUGGUUUCCGCAUUAUAACUUUUUAAAUAUUCAACACAUUUUAAUGUUUGGUGUCUGGGUAGAUGACACCAAAGUGCAGUCGGGUCACGUCAAAUGACCUGACUGUCAUAUCUUCUGUCAGAGAUUAUUAUGGAAAGGGUGAGUCUUUAGGUCAAAGGUCUAAAUUUGUUCAUUAUAUAUAUGCAUAUUGGUUUCUGCAUGAUAUAUCAUAUCAUAUUGGAUGAAUUUCUGAUUGCGUUAGGCGGGGGCAUCUGUGUCCUUUAGACACGUCAAAUUUCUUGUUUCUUAUUGAUAAUUCAUUGGUUUAUUGUGGAAAAUUUUAAGGUCCAUUGUAGUUUUCUGUUUGAUCAGUUAAAAGUGUCUUAUUUUAUUCAGCUUUUCUGUCUCUUAAGUGAAUACCUCAAUCUUAGACAUUCCUAUUGCAAAGUUUAAACAUGGUUUAACAUGAAAAGUUUUUGCUUAGAUUCCUUAUUAGUUUCUUUGAUAUCACAAACAAUUCAUGAGCAGUCAUUUCCCACAAUGAGUAUUGCAGAAAAAAAUUGUGAAUUUAUGAUAUCUAUUCUGAUAUGGGUCAGACCAUGUGCCUUUGAGGGGGUUCAAAUCUUUAUAAAAAAUGGAUACUGCUUUGUAUCAUUUUUGAUAAAUUGGUGCAAUUAUUUGGAGUGGGUCUCCAUAUCUAGAUAUUUAGGAAUUCGGUUGUUGAUUUUCACCAACCAUAAUAUGAUAAAUUAAUUUUCCCACAUGAAAGAUAGUCAGACAUUGCGAGAGACAGUUUACACUGAAAGAGAGAAAGUUGGUUAAAAUUUUCAUAUCCAUUUUCUUGGACCUUGGGGAGUUUGGUUUGAGGUGUUUACUACCUGCAGUCAUCCAUUUAUUACAAUUUAUAGCAUGUUUUUGGUGAUUGAAACAUUAAUCCCCAUUAAGUUUAUGAUGUCUUAAUAUGUGAUACAGAUACAUGUAUAUCAUCUACCUGGUAUCUUCUACUUAUUGAAGAUUUUUUUUUUGUCAUGAUAUUCCAAUUUUAUCUAUGAUGAAGCUUUAAAUCUGAGCUUUUUCAGGGAAUCAUUGGCCCUUGUAUUUUUUCCUUCAGGAUCACUCCCGGGGGGGGGGGGGCCACUUACAUUGACGAGUGGAUACCAUGCGCCACCAAAAAAACACGUAAAAAGGAUGUCUUUUUCAAGAUAGGGCACGUUACGUACGUAACAUGAUAAGGGUGUCAAAAACACUAAAAUAAGGAAAAAAAGGUAUCUAUUUUCGCUAGGAAAGUUACGUGUUUAGGGUCAAAUUUGCGAGGGUGUAAAAAAUUAAGACUAAAAUGUUUUAUAAAGGAUGUACUUUUUCCCCAAGAGUCAACACUACGUGUUUAGAGUACGAUUUGGGCGAGAUGUGGGAGGUGGGGCUGUACUAAACCCAAUGAUGUGGGUGAAGGUAGGCCGACGACCGUGACAUAAUAAUAAAAAUAUCGCUGUACUUGUUUAGGGGGUCAAUUCAGGGAACUUGCCAAGAGUAUUGUUUUGUUUCCAAUACUUGUUCAGGGUAUGAAUUCACACGCCAAUACUUGUUAAGGGGUGCAUUUUCAG